AUGGUGAGUAAAUCCAUCGAUUCUUGUCAAACCAACGCUAACUCUCGAAAGCCGCCUGGUCCAACGCCAUGGCCUAUCGUUGGAAACACUCCCCUCCUUCCUGACACGAAGCCGUGGAUAUACUUUGAAGCCUUGUCGAAGUCGUUGAACAGCCCAGUGAUCACCUUCUGGAUCGGACGCAACCCUACAGUAUGGAUUAACGAUUGUUGGACCGCGACAGAGAUUCUUGAGAAGAAGGCGUCUGUCUAUAGCAGUAGGCCAAGAAUGGUCGUCUUCACUGAGCUCACCGGCAUGUAUCAGUCAAACCUGGUGACUAUGUUUUACGGAGACCGCUGGAGAGUUCACCGUAAGCUCACGCACUCUGGUGUUGGGCUGCAGCAAGUGAGGAAGUACCGCGACUUCCAGAACGAUGAGAGCAAAGUCAUUGCGUACGAGCUUCUUCGCACGCCAGACAAGUAUGUCGCGCAUUUCGAACGCUAUGCUACCAGCGUGGUAUCCAUCAUUGGGUUUGGGAGGAGAGUGGCGAGCAUUGACGAUCCGAUUAUUACUGAGGUUAUUGCCGUGAUGCAAAAGGCAGCAGAUCUCAAUGUCCCGGGCAAAACCUUCCCGAUGCUCUUCGAGACAUUUCCUUAUCUCGCCAGAUUACCACCAGAUCUCUUCCCAGCACUCUUCCAGGGCCUCGGGAAACGCCGUCGUGGACAGGAGUUCUUCCAUGCUCUUGCGGAAGAAGCACAUCAACGAGACCCGGAAGCUCCUUGCUACGCGAAUCAGAUCUAUGCGGAGCAGCCGAAGUACGACCUGCGACCCCUUGAGAUCUCUUCCUUGGCUGGCAACCUCUUUGGAGCUGGCGCAGACACUUCGAGCUCGACGCUGGUCACGUUCGUGUUAGCAUGCGUUGCCUUUCCCGAAACACUGACUCGCGCAUGGGAGGAGUUGGAUAGAGUCGUUGGUCACCAUCGCAGCCCAGCAUGGGAAGACGAGCCUUCGCUUGUCUAUGUCAAGGCCUUCGUAAAGGAGGUCUUCCGAUGGCGAAGCGUGGCCAUCAUUGGCGGCCAGCCGCAUGCUCCUGUUUCUGACGAUACCUGGAAUGGCUAUGUGAUUCCCAAGGGCACCUGGACGCAAGGCAACGUUUGGGCCAUUCACCACAACGACCGCGAUUUCCCCGAGCCAGAUCGAUUUGACCCGGAGCGGUAUCUUAAUGGCGAGAGAGCAAGACAGUUCUCGAACGAUCGAGGCUAUAUGACUUUUGGUUGGGGCCGAAGAGUAUGCUCUGGGCAAGGGCUGGCCGAGCAGGGAACGUUCAUUACGGUCGCCAGACUGCUGUGGGGAUUCAAUAUCCAUAACGCAAUUGACAAGAAUGGAAAGGAGAUUCCAGUGGACAUUAACCAUUAUACUAACGGCCUGAAUUGGCGACCAGAACCCUUCGCUUGCCGCUUUACACCAAGAUCCGAAGACAUACGCCAGGCCAUCGAGCGUGAGGGUCGGCAGGCGCUGGAGGACCUCUCGGUGUACGAUUUCGAGUCUGAACGUAUUGCUCAGUACCUAAAGAAGAGCAAGCAGGAUGUGUGA